GCUCUUUCCCAAUUAAUCUCCCUAAACCCUAACCUUUUUCCCCUCUCUCUUCGUCGUCUCGGAUUUCCAUCGGAUUUGAAUUUGGUGUUUGCUCCGGGGACGAAGGCCGUUUUGGGGAUUAGCUUCUGCAAGCGACAACCCGGAGACCAUGUCUGCUGUGGUGUGCGGUACCAAGAGAUCCUUCUUUGAAGAACUCCCGCCUUCGACUCCCAUUGCCAAGCGCCUCCGCUGCUCCACUUCUACUUCUCCUAUUAGAUUCGCUGCUCCCUCUCAUAUUGAUCACCUCCACCAUUUGUUUCCCCAAAUGGACCAUCAGCUUCUUGUGAAGGCCCUUGAAGAAUGUGGCAACGACUUGGAUGCUGCCAUCAGAAAUCUGAGUGACAUGUGUUUGGGGUCUGCUGUUGAAAAUCCUGUUGCUUCUGCAGAACUAGAGACAAAUUUGGAUCAAGGUUCAUUUACUAACAAUGGAGAGGCUGCUGCAUCUGAGAAUUCUUCAAUACCAAGCAGCGUUUCUCUUGAUGGUAGAAAAUGGAUUGACUUGUUUGUUGUGGAAAUGAUGAACGCUACCACGGUAGCUGAUGCCAAGACUCGUGCAGCAAGAGCAUUGGAAGCUUUAGAGAACUCAAUUACUGCACAAGCUCGUGUUGAUGCUGCACAAAAUUUCCACAAGGAAAAUAUGCAACUGAAGGAACACAUUGAAGUACUUGUACGAGAAAAUACAAUUCUUAAGCGAGCAGUUGCCAUACAACAUGAACGUCAGAAAGAAUUUGAGGAUAAAAAUCUAGAGUUGCAGCACUUUAAACAGUUGGUAGCUCAAUAUCAGGAGCAACUAAGAACCCUAGAGAUAAACAACUAUGCAUUGACAAUGCAUUUGAAGCACGCACAACAAAGCAGCUCAAUUCCAGGACGCGUCCACCCUGAUGUCUUCUAGCAAACAGGAAUCUAGAGAUCUAAAUUAUUGCUUGAGCAGGGAGAAAUGGAGCAUGUCCUUUACUAUCCUCAGUUUCCUAAGAAUAGAGUGCAAUUUAAAAUGAGAACACAGAGGACUCCAUUCAACAUAAUUGGGGUUAUGAUGUUUCCUCAAUUAUUCUCUCCGAAGUAAAGAAGGCUGGAUAGCCUGCAUUUAUGUCCUGCUUUUCUUUGGACGAUGGUUAAAAGUUCAUUUUGUACACAGCUCAAGGAUUCUUUUUAUUAGGCUUUGGGAAGUAUCUUUUAAUUUGAAAUUCAAUGCUCCAAAUGGCUUGUCUGAUGAAGGAAUGGUGAUUUAUUGGUACUUUCUUUAUACUAUGCUUGAUCAGUGAGGUUUCUAUUUUUCUAGCUAUAAGAAUCUUCUAUUUUUUACUGUACUGUGAGAAAGAGCCUUUUGUGUUUGAAGUUUGGCAGAGGGAUUGAUAGGGGGUGUGCGUGUUGAUCUCCAAGGAUCUCCUACCUCCAUCAAAUUCUAUUGUUGUAAGUUUGAGAAUAAUUGUAUAUGUAAUGAGUAAUUAUGAAUGGAAUGUUUGAAAUGAUUGCAGAUUUGACCCAA